CAGAUAAUCCAUAUUAACCUCAUCAGCAUAUUAUUAUAUCUUAUUGUAGUGUGCCGUGCGGUGGAUUUUCAUAGAAGAUAAAGCAUAUUAGAAUAUUAUAUCAUAUUGCCCAUACAUCCGAUCUCAGUCUACAUAUUGAAUGUAUGAACACAUGAUAAUAUACAAGCAACUAGAUCUAGGAGAGGCAAAUAAAGCUAAGAGCUUACAAACGAAUAAAGAGCCCUGCCACUAGAAUCUAGAUCUAGAUUUUUUAGAUCUAAAUCUAGAUCUACUACCAGUUUGAAUUUGAUUUGUUUUGUGCGAGCAAAACUAACUUUGCUAUGGGGUCUAAACAAACCAGCAGAGACAGCACCGCAAAGCCUGGGAAGAAAGGGAAGAAAGCUGUGACAGAGGAACUCGAACCCGUACCGGAACCUGAACCUGAGCCCGAGCCUGUUAUUACAGACCCUUAUGCGGAGCUCAGGUAUGUUCCCCAGCCGCCGAGGCCACAAUGUACAUACGCCCCUAAAAUGCAAGACGUAUUCGUUUUGAAAAGAAAAUGUCUCCCUUCAAUCUCCAAAGACAAGGACAAUACAAUGAUUAAGCAAGAAGCAUCCGAAAAUGAAACAAAAAGCGACGCCGCACCUCGGGAAAAGAACAAAUCCUCGAAGAGGCGGAUCUCUCGUCCUCGGCACAGAGACAUAGUGUCGUGUGAGACAAUGAGACCCAUUGAAGAGAUAGUGUGGACAUCCCUGAGCGACCAGGCCAUGGCCCCGCCUCUCCUGUCCCCCUGGGUGUUCCCUGGAGAGCUUCCCGUGACGCCGCCGCCACUGGAGAUCCUUCACAAAGAUAACCAACAGGCGCCGUGCUUUCUCGACAAGCUCCACAGCAGUCUCUUCAAGGAACAAGGCGGCCUUGAACUUCACGACAAGGCACAAGAAGAAAGACUGCGGAUAGAGAACUAUGUCAUAAGCAAAACAGGAAGAUCCAGGGGGAAACUACUAUUGCGUCGCUCCCAGUUACUUCCCAAAUCAGAAACGGACGGCUUGGAAAAAUCUCAAACAACAAUGGAAAGAAUGGAGACUCCUGACGUAUUUCCGGUUGAAGCAUUCUUCAAAGUUCCUAUCGAAAAGAGUAACGGUCUUACUUAUACGUUAACCAAAAGAGAACGCGGAUACAACGUCAUUACUGAUUGGCUGGGUUGUCCGGAAGUCACCGACGAGGUGCUGAAAGAAUUGGGUACAAUUACGCGCUCAUUGGAUCCCUCGUCGGCUCAAGCUAAAUCCCAGAAAGGGGAGAAUGGCACAGAAGACGGGCGGAACGACGAAAAGAAAAAGAACAGGUUUGUACCAGACAUUGCAACACUGGGCGUCGAAGGGAAACAAUACAACAUGGCUCAAAGUGAGAUAAGAGCUCUUGAAGGAAGGACAGAAGCAAAAGGGGACGGAUCAGGGGAUAUAAUCCCAUCGGAAAUACACGUUCAUGAUGGUAAGAUUGCUGGUGAGGUUUUUGCCUCAGAAGGAUGUAAACCAAACGUUAUGAAGGCCGCAGCACCAAGACUAUCACAGGUUAGUUUGAUUUUCGGGAAUCACAAGUUGUUCUACUCUACAGACCCCGAACGAGCUAAAAAGAAGUGGGUUAUAGAGAUUGGCUGUUCAGCAGAGGUUGGAGAGAAUGCUAUUAGUUCUGUGUUCAUGCAAAAUACGGGCACCACAGUCAUACACUUUAACUGGGUCAAGAUUUCUCAUGAUGAUCCCUUUGAGCUACACCGAUACGACAUGGAACAUUUUGUAUUCGACUACUGGGGAGGCACCAUAUUGUCGGGUGAGAUUUUCCGAGUGCCGUUUAUGUACAGGAGCAUAGGGACUGGCUACUUCUCGGAGGACUGGCGACUUCUGACAAAACCUCUCUUGGAGAACGGUGCUGACAUCAUUCUUCGCAUGUGGGGUGUGACGCGACAGUACGAUCCUUGUUUCCUGGCCAGAGAUCGUAUCGACGAAGAUUUGCAGUCCAGAAUGACUUGGAACAUCGUUGAUAAUCGUUUGCACAAGAUUAUGGACUACCUACCUCUGAAAGAUUCCAUGCUCAAAGACACGAGGUUCCCGCUCAACCAUCGGGGUCCUGAUUUGUUCCACUUCAACAACCCGCAUUUGUACUACAACACAGCUUCAGUGUUCCGGCUGGGCAAGCUACACGAGAUGCUUCAACUGAGGAAAAGUAAACGCCAGCGCCUGAGGGGUCCACCAGCAGAGGAGGACAUGACUAAGCUUGACAGUGGCGAGGACUCAGACACCUUCAUCUCGAACUCCUCUGCUACCCUGCCUAGACCAGAGGUACUGAAGGAGCCAGGCGAAGGCGAAGGAGAGGACAUGGAAGCCUCAAUCCAGGAAGUGAUCGAAGAGUAUAACAGCGACUUGAGCUUGACUCACGUCACCGGGACUCAGUCGGAGAUCAUAGAGCAUGCCACUCAAGUGAUCAGGAGGAGGAUUGACCCGGAUAUACCUGCUCUCAAGCACGUACCUGAAAGCGUCAGCAGCACUAACAGCGAGGCAGAAGGAGAUGGAGACGAAGACCCACAAGCUUCCGAGAAGCCGACACGGAAGAUACCCAAGGCUCCAAUCAAUUUGGUAAACCCGGAUUUUGAUGUAAAUAACAUGAGGGAGGAUAUUCUGCAAGACGACGAAAGCUGUGAAAUCCAGGAAGCGUUGUUCAGCGUCAUGGCAACCGAGGUGGAUAAGCUUUAUUUCCGAAACUUUGAUGCAAAAGAAGACUGGAAAAGAACAGUUUGCUUCACUUUGCUGGUUCAAGCCGUCGAUAACUUCUCUGAUUUUGCAGUUUCACUUCAGAGAGCUUGCUGUACCGCAGAGGCCAUCAGCAAACGACAGCAGGAGGAAGCAGAAGCGGAAGAAGCAAGACUGGCCGCCAUGGCUGCAGAGUCAAAUGAAAGCUUUAUUUCCGAAACAGUUACUGAGGACGUAGCCACAAAACCUAAAGCCCAGACUAAAGCAGAAGCUGCACCAAAACCAGCGACCGGAAAGGAGGCCCCAGCAACCUCACGGCAGUCGGACGUUCCGGAAGGGGACGCCGAGAUAGACCCAGAUGGAGAAAUGGGUGAAGCAGAGACCCCGGCCCCGACAGACUGCUUGUCCAUACAGCCACGACAUGCUUUGGAUCCCGUGAGGUUCCAAGACCAGUAUUAUGGCCGCUUGCAAUCCUGUAUGUAUCAUCUGUUAGACGACGCAUUCGGCAAAAUGGACGUACUGUUUGCCACUGAGAAAAAGGAACCAAUUAGUCUGCGAUACAGCGAAACAGGAUUUACAAAGAUCCGCGACAUCCCGAUGCCAGUGGACACCGACAAGAUACUGAGAGCGCCCUUGCCCCCUCCCUGGGUGAAGGUUGCCCAGAUGAUGGACAGCACCGUUGCCGCUAUUCGGCAGCACAGGGAGGAGGUGGAAGAGGCUGAUCAUCAGGCAGACGGGACAGUUUAGAUAGGGGCAAAGAUGUUAUAUAUAAUAACUUGAUUAACAUGUGUCAGGCAUGGGGGCCUUCUUACCCUCAUGGACAUGGCCGGCGUGCCCCCAUUUACAUGAACACGUCGCCCCCCCCCUCCCGCUCCCCACGAGUUCUAGUAUGUUUAACACCACCCUGCCCCCAUAUUUCAGUGGAAGCUUGUAGAUUUCCUCCUAAGACCGCCGAGACGCCUCCACGUAAGUCUCGAAAAGCACUCACCCGUCUGCUGAACUGCGCCCUUGAGGUUCUGCGUCUCAGAGUGGAUACACGCAGACAUCGUUUGUUUACGUGGGGGACAUCACUGCCACGAACUCUAGUACUAAAUAUAACCUGUUUGUGUGGGGGUCAUGAUGGGGGACACCCGGAGGAGGUGGAAGAAACUGAUCUCCUCUUAGAGAAGGGGUGUCAAACUCAAUCGCACGGAUUCUUUUUUUUUGGGGGGGGGGGGGGGGGCAAACGGAAACUACCCUUCAAGUUGGGGCCGAACUGGAUAAACAGCCACGAAAUCAAACGUUUUAUAAAAAAAAACAAUAAAACGAAUUAAAACAGACAGAAGUUGAAAUAAUAACGCAUCAAAACAUAUCAACUUUUUGCUCUUAUGCUAAUGAUGCAGAGCUGGAUUUUUUGGGUAUCUUUCCUUGGCAACUAAUUUCGGAGUAAGGUUCUGUGUCGUGCAGCUUCUAAGGACGGAUACUUAAAUUCUAUUCUAUCGCGGGACGGAUAUGAUUGUUCGCCAGGCCGGACGCGGCCCAGGGACAACUGUAUCAUAGGGGAUAGAUAGUUAAAGUUAUGGUCUUGGAUGACCAGUGUAUUGAUCGUGAUGGCGGUCGAGGGCGUGGUUCAUAAAGUUGAUGACGGUGGUGUUGGUGAAAUACCCCCCCCCCCAACCACCGAGUUGUAGUGACGGAGGUAGUACUGAGUGUUCACUGCCAGUCGAAUUCAUUUGAAUGAGUCAGGACCAGCCACACUUUUCCGUGGAGGGGGCAAACGCUACCAUUUUAAUUCAAUAUGACCUUCACAAUCAAAGGUGUUGGUAUUUCAAGGUCGUGAGUUGAAAAGGGCGUAUUGUGCCAAAACGGUGGUGGUCAUGAUCCCUCUGUGGAAGAGAAUGUAGCUGGACCCUAAUCAGUUUGACUGAAUUCGAGUGGCAGUGUGCACUGGGUACAUGGUAGGUGGUCAUGGGUAACGAGGUAAAUAUGUCGAAGUAACGGCUGAAAAGUUGUUGAUAGUCUUCUUCCAGAAAUAGUAAAAGACACAGGCUUUUUUUUAAAAGCUGCUUUCAAAAUUAUAGAGAGGAAAAACUCUUAUUUUUUUUAAAGUGGAAGAAAGGUUGACAUUCGUAAUUUGAACAGUGGACAACAAAGUAAAGUAAGAGGGAAUGAUAGAUUCGGAUUACCUUAGGAAUAUACAGGUAACUGAGGUGACUUUAGUUGGCGACCGAAAGUCAAAUAUGGUGUUAGUUUCUUAUUUCACGGCUAGGUGAUUGCUACUGUUUUUUAUAGACUGGAAGCGUAUAUAAUAGAAAAAAAAUCGGUUGUUUGUAAUAGUGAUAGCUAUACAAGGGGAGUCAUGGGAACAGCCAUCUGAUAGAGCGGUUAGAGGAGUGGAGUUCAGAAGCAAAGAUAGGCAUAGCUUAAAUCAAUCGACAGUACGCUUUAACAGGACAGUAUUACAAGGAGGGAAGGGACAUAUUACAUUUCUAGUAGGACAAGCGAUGAGGAGAGAGGCAAGUGGUGACACUGAUUUGAAUAUCACUAAAUAUUCAAACCUGAUUCUUAUUUCCAAAAAGGCAAAGAAAGAAUGCCCUUUGUGCUCCUUAACAUUUUGAUCUCUGAACAAUUCGAGAAUAAAUAAAUAGUUAUUUUCCUAAAUAUGAAAUAAAUG